GGUAACUAUUGUAGCGCAGCUGCCAGACUCACAUCUGCUGGAACCCAAAACAAAAGGUGCAGCCGGCUCCCAGACACGCGCCUGAGAGCACAACAGCAGGGCCCAGCGUGCCAGGAUGAUCUCAUCGCCUCUCGGAGGAGGUAUAGCACGGCUGCACCAGGGCAGAAACGGCCUAACAGAGGAACAAAAAGACCUCGUGAUGAAGAGGAAGAAGAAAUCAAAGCACGACGGAAGCAAGCUAGUGCACGAGAACAUAGUCGCCACCGAGAAGAGGAGUCUGUUGCGCUGGAAGAAACUGAUGAUGAGAAGAAGAAACUUCUUCAGAUAAUUGAGAGGGAUGGGGAAGAGGAAGACGAAGAGGAGGAACCUUUGGAUGAAAGUUCAGUGAAAAAGAUGAUUCUCACCUUUGAGAAGAGAUCUUACAAAAACCAGGAGCUACGGAUCAAGUUUCCUGACAAUCCAGAGAAGUUCAUGGAAUCUGAGCUGGAUUUAAAUGACAUCAUUCAGGAAAUGCAUGUGAUUGCCACUAUGCCAGACCUGUACCAUCUGCUGGUGGAGCUGAAUGCUGUGCAGUCUCUCCUUGGGCUGCUUGGACACGACAACACAGAUGUUUCCAUAGCUGUGGUAGACUUGCUUCAAGAACUGACUGAUAUAGAUACUCUCCAUGAGAGUGAAGAAGGAGCUGAAGUCCUCAUAGACGCUCUAGUGGAGGGCCAGGUUGUGGCCUUAUUGGUCCAGAAUUUAGAGCGCCUGGAUGAAAGUGUAAAAGAGGAAGCCGAUGGUGUCCACAACACGCUUGCAAUUGUAGAGAACAUGGCAGAGUUCCGACCAGAGAUGUGCACGGAAGCUGCGCAGCAGGGCCUCAUGCAGUGGUUGCUCAAGAGACUGAAGGCUAAGAUGCCUUUUGAUGCCAACAAGCUCUACUGCAGUGAGGUGCUGGCUAUUUUGCUCCAAAAUAACGAUGACAACAGAGAAUUGCUUGGGGAGCUGGAUGGGAUCGAUGUGCUGCUUCAGCAGUUAUCUGUGUUUAAACGACACAACCCUAGUACAGCAGAAGAACAAGAAAUGAUGGAGAAUCUGUUUGACUCUCUUUGUUCCUGCUUAAUGCUCAGUUCCAAUCGUGAUCGUUUCCUGAAAGGCGAAGGUCUACAGCUGAUGAAUCUCAUGCUUAGAGAAAAGAAGAUUUCUCGUAGCAGUGCCUUGAAGGUACUAGACCAUGCCAUGAUUGGACCUGAGGGCACAGACAACUGUCACAAGUUUGUUGACAUUCUUGGUCUGAGGACCAUCUUUCCACUCUUCAUGAAAUCACCCAAAAAGAUAAAGAAAGUUGGAACAACUGAAAAAGAACAUGAAGAACAUGUCUGUUCCAUCCUGGCCUCCCUUCUGCGAAACCUAAGAGGGCAGCAAAGGACGCGGUUGCUGAAUAAAUUCACAGAGAAUGACAGUGAGAAGGUUGAUCGGCUGAUGGAACUGUAUUUUAAGUACCUGGAUGCAAUGCAGGCAGCUGAUAAGAAGAUUGAAGGAGAGAAACAUGACAUGGUACGUCGAGGAGAGAUAAUAGACGAUGACAUGGAAGAUGAAUUCUAUCUCCGUCGCCUGGAUGCUGGUCUCUUUGUUCUACAGCUCAUUUGUUACAUCAUGGCGGAAAUCUGUAAUGCCAAUGUUCCCCAGAUUCGUCAGAGAGUCCAUCAGAUUCUGAACAUGAGAGGCAGCUCCAUUAAAAUCGUUCGACACAUCUUAAAGGAGUAUGCAGAGAACAUUGGGGAUGGGAAGAACCAGGAGUUCCGGGAGAGUGAGCAGAAACGAAUCUUGGACCUGCUGGACAAUUUCUGAGGACUCGAAUUGAAUUCUGGUGCCCCCCCCCCCGAGAACACAGCUUCUGGGUUCCCUUUCCUUCAGCUGACCUCUUCCAACCUUGAUUGCACGAUAGAAGUGACGUUUCUAUGAAACCACUUCUAAAUAGGAUUUUGGAGAUAUUAAAGACAGUUUUUUUUUUAAUUCCUUGUUUGUUAUUUAAGUAGUGUAAUGUGAGUGGGAUUACGGAUGCGUGCCUUGCAGUAGGGCAGCUCAAGAUCUUUGUCUUUCCUUCCCUCCUUCCAAGUCAAGCUCCUGUGAUCAGAGCAUGAAAGAAUGUGACAGCAUACCCCUUAGAGGAACAGUAAAGAGGAAGCCCAGAUAGCUCGAGAGAGUGUUAGCAUGUUACUCCAGCCUGAUAUGUGAAUGAAAAUGUGCAACCCACCGUACUGAUGUAAACUUGGGAGGCUGAAGAGUUGAUAUGUGUCUAGUUCAACUGUUCUUCAGUGGUUUGGCAGCCUCUGGCAGAGGGCAAACCAGGAAUUAUAACCAUUAGCCAUUCCUACUAAAUAUUCCCAAAGAUGAGUCAGAACCAAAGGUAUGUUUUGUCACAAGGCUGUUCAAGCUGUUACCCCUCCUUAAGUGGAUGUUUGAUUCUGUCCAGGUUACACUCGGAUAUAAAACUAAAGGGGAAGGUAAGUAAUCAAUAAAACACCCACAUUUCCUUGACUUCUCUUCCUUUUUCAGUCUGUUUUAGGCCUUGGCUGUAGUUGUUCUGCAAGAACAGUGUUCUGAUCCUUGAAGGGGCAGUCUGACUUUUUAUAGCAACGAUAAGUUCACCGCUAGCAAAGGGAAAACCCCAGUAAUGCAGGCUUCUCCAGGUGCACUGUGGGAGUUGCAGAAUGACCAAGUGAAUUGCC